UUGAUUUCAAAUUCAAGAAAAUGUGAAUUUUAUCAAUAUUAUUUGGAAAUGGGAACUAAAAAAGGAUAAAAUUUGUUAUCAAGAUCAAUUUAUAAUGUCAUUCUUUAAAGCAACGCAGUUUUUGUGUACAAAUAUUAGAUUACGAAUUUCAACUCUACCUGUAAAGAAUCAAAUUCGAUUUUAUUCAAUGCACAAUAGACAAGCAAGAAAGCCAUCUAAAUAUCCAGGUUUUCUACUUUGUACCUUCAUUUUCAGUACAGCUCUUGGCUACACUUUUUUUAAAUCAAAAGAAUAUGAUUUUCCAUCUGCACAUGAUGUUUUUAAUUUUUUUCUAUCAGGCAUCAGUUCCGUACAAUUUAACCUUUAUGACAUUAGCCAAAAUAGAAGUAAAUAUAAUUUUAUUGCUGACGUCGUCGAAAUUUGUGCACCAUCAGUUGUAUUGGUACAAGUAAAAGAUUCCAAAAAAUCUGGUAUUUCAGCAAAAAAUCCUUCAGUUUUUGCUAAUGGAUCUGGAUUCAUAGUUAGGCAAGAUGGUUUAAUACUUACAAAUGCUCAUGUUGUUAUGAUUGUCAUGAAGAAAUCAAAUCUUUCUGUCACGGUACGACUUUUGGAUGGAUUUACUUACGAUGCAGUUGUUGAAGACAUUGAUUUGGAAUCAGAUCUUGCGACAUUGAGAAUAAAUAAGAAAAAUUUGCCUGUUAUAAAAUUAGGAAAUUCAAAAAAUUUAAGACCAGGAGAAUUUGUUGUAGCAAUUGGAUCUCCACUUUCCUUAAGUAACUCCAUUACAAGCGGUGUUGUCAGUAGUCCAAAUAGACGAAGUGAAGAAUUAGGAAUUUCUCACAAUCAAAUGAGUUAUAUUCAAACUGAUGCAGCAAUUACUUUUGGAAAUUCUGGAGGACCUCUAGUGAAUCUUGAGGGUGAAGUUAUUGGAAUAAAUGCAAUGAAAGUGACUCCAGGAAUUUCGUUUGCUAUUCCAGUAGACUAUGCCAAAGAAUUUUUGCGAAAGUCUGAGGCAAAGAGAAAAGGGAAAAUUUUUUCAAUUCAACAGUUUAAGAAUGAAGAACUAGAAAGGAAGAGAUAUUUGGGAAUUACAAUGUUCACUCUUAUUCCAGAAAUUAUUUUUGAUAUGCAACACAUCAUCGGAAGUGGUUUUCAGCUCAUUAAACAUGGAGUUCUAAUUUGGAAAAUAAUGGAAGGUUCACCAGCUGACUUAGGUGGUUUAGAGAAUGGUGAUAUUAUCACCCAUGCCAAUAGUACACCUGUUAAUUCAACUAGAAAUAUUUAUGAAGCACUUGAUGGAACAGGACCUUUGCUAUUAACAAUAAUAAGGAGAGGUCAAAUUUUGGAAUUUAAUAUUGAGCCUGAAAAUUUAAAAUAAAAAUUUCACGUAAUUCAGUAUUUCUAUUUGUCUA